CAAUUCGGCGUUGUGUUCCUCAGUCGGUGUUUAGCUUUCCAAAUUAACGGAUUCAGUUUUCCAAAAUUACGACUUGACAACUAUCAUGAACGCGUCGGUCGCCGCGGUAGAGAGUCUCGGUUUCGAUCACAUACCGCAAUGCUGGGAACAAGAAAGCAUGGACUUUCGGCCGCGGAACAGUCUGAAUUCACGUCAACGACGCGACCGAAUGCAAGAGUUCUGCCAGUAUCUCGAGUGCAAACUACGAGAGUGCAAAAAGGAAAUGACACGACUGAAGAAGGAGAACGACGCUUUAAAGGAAACGAACGACGCUUUAAAGGAAGCGAACGACACUUUAAAGGAAUCGUAUGCCACUUUGAAGAAAAACAGCAAAGAAUACAGCAGGGGUAUGUUAAGUCUCGCGCCGGCAGCUUUGAACGAGACGAAGGACAGCUCGUUGAGAUACGCCGGUUUCAUGUUGGCCAAGUUUGACGGCACCAACCCGACCAACUUCGCCGAAUACUGGUUAAAGAUGAUUUGCGAUAUCGCGGCAUUUUACAAUUGGUCGGAAAGACAAACGUUCUUCGCUGCGAAAAUGGCACUCGACGGCGAGGCUCGUCAGUGGUUAGUUGGUUUGAGAAGAGACAUUAACACUUUUUCGGAUUUCAAAGUGGAAUUUACCGAGAAGUAUCAGAAAAAGCAUAUGUCGAUUGCGAGGGUUCACUUAGAGUUGGCCAAACGAAAAAAACUCGAAGGCGAAGCUCUUGAUGAUUAUUUAACGGACAUGAAGAAUCUGGCUGAGAAGAUUAACCUCAACGAGGCUUUGACUAUGGAGUACGUGGUCUUGGGUUUAGAUGAUGAUGUCCGUUCGAAAUUAAUGCUCGACCAGUUUACAACCUUAGCUGAGAUGGAGAAAUAUCUAAUAGAACAUGUCGAUGAGUUUCGACUGCCUGCUGAAGGCAUCGAUACGAACGCUAAGAAGUGCUACCAUUGUAAUAAGGUUGGACAUGUUUAUUCCGAGUGCGAAGAGGUCAUCAAGAGCAACAUCUCGGCCUUGUUUAUUGUCGCGGUGCUGCUUGCUAUUAUGGGAGUGUAAUGUCAUCGAUCUUUCUUUUUAAUAUAAUUAUUUGUCUUUCGGAAUCUUUUUGACAUUUUCUACGAAAUCCGACGGCUUCGUAAAUAACCUUUUACCUUUAUCAUUUAAUCUAUACUUUUGUUUAAGUAUAAUUAUCAUUCGAUAUUGCUUAAUUGAUUGUCAAUUGUUUUAUAUGUGAAUUUUGUAUUUAUUUACAAUGUGCAUAGUGUUUUUUUAAUUAAAAAUAUUCGAAAGUAUAAUUGUCAUAUGAUAUGUUUUUAUUGAUUGUCAAUAUUUUUAUAUGUGAAUUUUGUAUUAAUUUACAAUGUGAAUCUUUGUUUUUCAAUACUAAUAAAUGAAUUUUGU